AUGAGCUCUCCGUACUUCAUGCAAAGCAGCUCUGUUAUCACCCGGAGUGGAAGUCGAGCUGCAGGCAGCACACCUGCGGUCUCUCUCAAGUCUAAACUUACAAGCAGAUUAAAGGCUGACACGGUUCCGUCUGCGGCGGUGAAAGUGGAGGUCGAAGAAACGAGAAUAGAUGUGCAAGGACCCAACUCGGCCUCCUUAUUAACCGGUAGUUGCUUUGAAUACCUCCAGCAACCCACAGUGCAGGUAAAAUCAGAGCAGGAGGCUCCAGCACAAAAUCCACAUGGACGCAGGAGGAGACAGCUAAAGGUGGAAUAUGAUGAAGGUGAUGGUGUUUCACUGAUGAAGACGGAGCACUGGCAACCUCCCGAGUGGAAGAAGCAGUUAGAAUUUAUUCGUGAGAUGAGAAGUAAUCGCGAUGCACCUGUUGAUAACAUGGGAGCAGAGAAGUGCUACGACACAGAAGCUCCUGCACAUGUGAGACGUUUCCAGGUGUUGGUGUCUCUCAUGCUGUCCAGUCAGACAAAGGACCAGGUGACAGCAACAGCUAUGCAGAAACUCCGAGCACAUGGAUGUACUGUAGAAAAUAUACUGGCUACUGAUGAUGAAAAACUUGGAAAGCUCAUCUAUCCCGUCGGCUUCUGGAGGAAUAAGGUGAAAUAUUUGAAGCUGACAUCAGCCAUGCUGCAGAAGGAGUAUGGGGGAGAUAUCCCAAACACUGUGGAGGGGCUGGUCCGCCUGCCGGGAGUUGGCCCUAAAAUGGCUCACCUGGCUAUGGACAUCGCUUGGGACCAAGUGUCUGGAAUCGGUGUGGACACACAUGUGCAUCGUAUCUCCAACAGGCUGGGCUGGCUCAGGAAACCAAGCAAAAACCCAGAGGAAACACGCAAGGCCCUGGAGGAGUGGUUACCCAGGGAGCUGUGGAGUGAAAUCAACUGGCUGCUUGUGGGCUUCGGACAGCAGGUUUGUCUGCCAGUAAACCCCCUCUGCUCUGCGUGUCUGAACCAGUACAGCUGUCCAUCAGCACAUAAGAACUCUCCUGCCAAGAGGCCUAAAACUGAACCACAGCACACUUGGAGUCUCAAGUCCCCCUUUAAAAUAAAAUCUGAACAUGAACAGGAAGCUGCAGUUAAAGAUGAGAUGAUUGACAAGGAGCCAUUGCUCACAUGUGUUUCUCCAACUAGACCAAAACGGAAGAUAAAAAAAUGAGGUUAACUGUUGAUUCUUGUCAUCACCAGUUUUUGUUUAAGCUGUGGGCAAUAUGUGUUUAUGCCCAAAAAACAUACAUUUACUGAAUAUCCUCUAUUAUAGUAGGAAUGUGACUUAUGAUGUUUGUGAUUGUUUUUACUUGUGGGUCUUUUGACACUUUAAUAUUGUCUCAUCAUUUCAUACUAUACAAUAUAUUUUGUACUUUUCAUUGUUUUAUUUUUACCAAAUAAAAACUUGUAACUUC